GGGCGGCGCGCAUGUCAUUUCACAAACUACAUUUGCACUACGCGGCAUCCAAAAUUCUAACCGCACGCGAGCGUAUUGCCGCUAGUUAACUUGUAGGUAUUCUAAGACAAUCAUGAAAAGCAAUAUUUAAGUUAUGAGUGCAGUAGCUAGACGGAAAACACAUCAAGAUGGACGUCCAGAAGCAACAAUUGUGCCCUCGGCUUGUGGACUACUUGACUAUCGUCGGGGCACGACCAUAUACCACUGGGAAGGGCAUGGCUCCAGUUCAGGCCCCGGAGCUGUUACGUCGCUAUCCGCUAACAAACCACGACGACUUUCCACUACCGCUGGACAUGGUGUACUUCUGUCAACCCGAAGGUUGUGUUUCCGUAGCUCAGCGAAGACAGUUGGCCCAUUUGUCUGCUAGAGAUACCACUUCCUUCGUCUUCACGCUAACUGAUAAGGAUUCAGGAAGAACGCGUUACGGUAUAUGUGUGAACUUCUACCGAGCUGUGGAGCGGGCUCCCGUCCCAGGACCACGAGACCGUGGUCUUCUGAGGCGGGAGUCCUGGCGAAAGUCAAUGGAGAAAAGUUCAGACUCUGCCUUUUCCAGUGACUAUAGGAGCAGCAAUUUAGCGCCGAGUGAUUCGGAAAGAGAAUGCAGUGCACCGCGUUUCGCAGCAGCUCCAGAUUCUGAAAGCGGUGGGGAACAUACCCCAAGCCCUAGAGCUACAAGGAAACGACAGCGUAUACGCAACCAUUCCUUAACCUCCCUCUGCCUCCUGUCCCAUCACCCCUUCUUUUCCACGUUCCGCGAGUGCCUCUUCAUCCUCAAGAAAUUGAUCGAUGCCUGCAACGAGUCUUCCAGUCCACGGCGCGUUGGUGCGUCCAGACAAAUAUUUAGAGAUACAGUAUGGUCAGUAUUAACGGGCCAAGCGUACGACAAUACACCUACAAUAGUAUUACACGAUGUAAAAGAGAUAGAGACGUGGAUUUUGCGUCUUCUCUCCGCACCGGUACCAGUUCCGGGAAAAACAAGAGUGGAGCUAGAGGUUUUAUCGCCGACUGCGCAUGCGCCGCUAGUAUUUGCCCUGCCCGAUCAUACCAGAUUCACCCUUGUGGACUUUCCUUUGCAUUUGCCGUUGGAAUUACUGGGUGUGGACACGUGCUUGAAGGUCCUCACGCUGAUAAUCCUGGAGAACAAAGUGGUUGUUCAGUCGCGUGACUACAACGCUUUAUCAAUGUCUGUGAUGGCGUUAGUCUCUAUGUUAUACCCACUCGAAUAUAUGUUCCCUGCAAUACCAUUGUUACCGAGUUGUAUGAGCUUCGCGGAACAGUUGCUAUUGGCGCCUACGCCCUUUUUGAUCGGAAUACCAGCGACAUUUCUCACUUAUAAAAAGAAUUUUAAAUUACCUGACGAUAUCUGGCUGGUGGAUUUGGACGCGACAAAGCUCACCAGUCCCACGGGGGCUGAUCAAGAAUUGCCACCUCUACCGGAACCAGAAAGCUCAGUUCUAAAAAGCCAUUUGAAACAGGGUAUGCAACUCAUGGGGACAGCUGGAACCGGAGCUUUAAGCAGUCUUACGAGCUCAUCAGCAGAACAGGCUACUGCUCCAAUAAUGCCAUCUAGACGAGAUAGUGUCGGUGGUGCAACGCUCAAAGUCCACACACCGUCAUUCAAAGACAACACACACGGCUCUCAUAGCACACCGGAAAGCCGGCGUGUGUCCGUGGGGAGUGCCACGCAUUCCCAGAGACAUUCGUUUGCAUCCGCCCAUACCCCACAGUCGCAACCACACUCUCCACAGCAGCCUUUCAACCCACUCAUAUAUGGAAAUGAUGUGGACUCCGUUGAUGUAGCUACCAGAGUUGCUAUGGUCCGGUUUUUCAACUCCCAGAAUGUGUUGGCGAACUUUAUGGAACACACACGAACACUGCGACUCUACCCUCGACCCGUGGUCGCCUUCCAAAUCAACAGCUUCCUACGCUCCAGGCCAAGAACUUCAGCAUUUCUUAAUAAAUUUGCUAGAACACAGGCAGUGGAAUUCUUAGCAGAGUGGUCACUAACACCACACAAUGUAGCCUUUCUACGGGUUCAAACGGGCGUAUUUGACCCACGUCAAGUUGGAGACAAACCGAAGUGGUUCGCAGACACAUUACAACCAGUACGAUUUGCCGUUUGGGAUGAUGGGAGCUCACUAAAUGGCGCCUUACGACAGUUGCAACGUCAGGAAAAUCAGCCUACUGACGAAAGUGGUUCAGAUUCUGACGGCGCUGAAAGUACCAGCUCGUCGUAUUCGUCUCUAAGUGAUUUCGUUUCUGAAAUGGCAUCAUCAGAUCUAUCCCCAGGAGGAGGUAUGCAGCACGUUAUAGGCGAAACAUAUAACGCAGUAGUACAAGUACCGAUGACGCUUUCGUCGUCUUUGGAUCCUAAAACAGUGUACAGUCCACCCUCAUCACUAAUGUACGGUGAGGAAACUGAAGAACAAAGGGGUCAAGCGCGAGAGUCCACGUCUCCAUCACCGUCACCGUCCAGUUCAGAACACAGUGAUCUCUCUGAUGAUGAAGUGCCAGCCAAUACAGAUAUAGGGCAACCUACGCCUGUCAAGAAAAGUGACACGGACAGUGGUAGUUUUGGUCGUGAAUCCGACUCGAAUUCAACAACAACCCCAGCGACGGUGGUGCGCGCGAGACGCGAGCCAAGCCCCGCCCACGACAAUACGGCUCAUGCGCGUACGCAGUUUGCUAACCGCACUAAGAGUUCAGGUGGUGUAUCAAGACAGGCGUCUCAAACUUCACUAUUAGAACAAUUUGCAGCUCAGGCCAAAGAGUUAGUAAGAGAGACAACGCGACAAAGUAGUCAAGAAGGUUUAUUGGCCCACAUGGAUAAGAAAGGACAGGAACACGGGGAGGAUAAGAAAAUAUUUGCUCCUUUUGAUAAGCUGACUUCGCACGCAAAAAAGGCGGCCGAAGAAGCAUCGAAAAGUGUUCAGGAAGCUUCGAAAUCUGCGCUGGAAGCGAGUAAAACAGCAACCGCGGUUAGCAAAAAUACAUUUGAAGAUCUUACGUAUGUUGGAAAGUCGACUUUGGGCGAUUUAACUAAGAGUGCAAAAGAAGUUGCGGCGAAGAAAGGUUUGCUUAAGGGCGAAAGCCAGGACGGUUCUGGUCCAAUGGGUCGGCGGGAGUCCGGUGCCCUUCAAACAACAACUCUCCUACAAACAACGCAUAGAGAUUUCUUCUCAAACAUAAGUUCAGAUUUAAACGGACUUGCCGCUUCCACGUCUAGCAUGUUUAGUGAUUUCUUUGGAUCUAAAGGAAAACCAGUAAAGGCUCCCGAACCGACAGGUUCGCAUUUGUCAGCAAACUUUGGUCCGUUCUCGCAAGGUGCCAGGGGCUUAGUACAACGCUCGCCCUUAAUUCGUCACUCUGCGCCUACUUCACCAGCGCAAGCGCAGCCCCCAAGGUCACCUAAUACUGAGAACCAGGCUUUCCUUAAUGACUUGAUCCAACACGUCUUAGAAGGCGAAGGCGUUGGAUGGCUGAAGUUAAAUCGCCUAAAGAAACUGAUGGAAGAUGAGUCGUAUAGAAAUAUGGUGCUUAGCAAACUCAAUCGCAAUAUUAACAGGAAGACCACGCCCACGGAUAAAGUGGAAGAUGUGUUUGUAAGCAAGCCAGUCUGGAAAGGGAUGUUAAAAGUCCUUCAAGCCGUGAUUCAUGGGUUGGAGUUCACGUACUCCAAUUUCGGAUUGGGCGGGAUGGCUUCAGUGUUCCAGCUGACAGAAAUGGCUCAUACCCACUACUGGAGCAAGGAAGUGGCUGGAUUGGAGCAAGGCGGGAUGGGAGGGUCUUCUCUUACUGAUUAUCGACAGGAUCUGGACACGCCCUCGACACCGUCAUCAAGAAAAAGCUCGCAAUCUGAUAUGCCAGUGCUUAACUACCCAGAAAUGGAUCCAAACGACGCCCAGACUACAACAGAAAUCUUCAAGGACAUGUUGAAUUCAAAGAGAAAUCUACUUUUCAGCAAAUUAACAUCGUACGAUUCCGAUGUGCAAUCAGAGUGCUCGGUGGGCGAAGGCUCUAUCACGACCAACAGAGUUCUUCACGAACAUCAAUAUAAAUCGAAUCUCUCUGAUACUGACGUCAUGUAUCUUGAUGCCGGUCGCGGUGGAGGCAAACCAAGAGCAGCGAGCGUUUUCUCUUCGAAGUCUGGUACAACCUUUAAGGCACCUGUUGGAGUACCAACGACUUCUCCGCUUACCUCACCUGAUACAGCUCGAACAUAUUUAUACCAGGGGCUGAUAGGUAAAGAAAGAUCUAACCUAUGGGACCAAAUGCAAUUUUGGGAGGACGCAUUCCUGGACGCUGUGAGCCAAGAACGCGACAUGAUAGGAAUGGACCAAGGCGCGAACGAAAUGAUGGAACGUUACAAAUGUUUAAGUGAAACAGAAAGGAAGAGAUUGGAACAUGAAGAGGAUAGAUUGCUAUCAACGGCUCUAUACAAUUUGACAGCUGCUAUGGUUUUGUUCGGCGUUGAAGCAGAUAUUGUGAGGAACAAAGUGCGGAGGCUGCUGGCUAAAAGUCAUAUUGGUCUGGUUUAUAGCCAGGAAGUCAAUCAUCUCCUGGAUGUGGUGCAUAAUUUGCACGGCAAUGAUAUAGAGUUAAAAGCUUUGGGCUCGCGUCAGGCCCGUCGUGCGUCGUUCACAGUGCACGAACGCGACGCCAGUGGUCCAUUGCGUUUUAUGGAGGUUCGCACUGACGGCCUUGUGUUACGCUCUACGCAAGGUACAAUAAUAGAAAGAUGGUGGUACGAGCGACUAGUAAAUAUGACAUAUAGUCCAAAAAUUCGCGUCUUAUGUCUAUGGAGGAAGAACGGUGGCCAAACACAGUUACAUAAAUAUUAUACGAAAAAGUGCAAAGCACUGUACUACAGUAUUAAGGAGGCAAUGGAGAAGAGUGGGCGGAAACAGGAAGCAGCGGAACUGGGAGGAGAGUUUCCAGUCCAAGACUGCGCUUCAGGAGAGGGGGGACUCAUACAGGUUUGCAUGGAAGGCGUCGGGCUACUGUUUCAUCAUAGCAAGGAUUUCGAGUUCUUUGUGAGGCUGGAUCACAUCCGAAAGUGCUUCACACAGAACGGAGGUAUCUUCGUUUUAGAAGAAUUCAAUCCCAAGACAAGGCAAAUAACUCAAAGAAAGUACAAAUCAGUAAUGGCGGACCAAAUUUGUUACGCGGUUCUGUGCGUGUUCUCAUACUUCGCAGCGGGGCAGGAACAGAAAAAGGCGAUUCUGGAGCAAGCCGCGAAGAUACCACCUUCACCACAGCAUCUAUCUGGUGCUACCUCGCAACAGGAGAAGUCUGAAUCAGACAGAAACAGAGAAGAAAAAUGUUCAAGGGAUUCAGAAGCAAGUCGUGAUCGUCCACGUGUGCCUCCCGACAGGCAGACCUCACGGACUCUGCCUGAACGGCCUCAUCAGGCUGAAUUUAAGCCUGAAAGAACUGAUAGGCCUCCAGACCGGAAUUACCCUGAAAAGGCCUCUGAUAAGUCUUACCAAACUCAAAGGACUCUACCGGAAAGGCCUGACGCUAAAACUGAUUUCGUAACAUCUCGUGUGGGCCAGAUUGAAAGUAUAGAAAGGCGAGGCGAGGUUAGGGAAAGUCCCGAAAGAGACAGCAGCAGUAUUCGCAAGGAGAGUGAGCGAGAUAGAGUGCAUCGCACGGAGAGCCUCCCCCCUCGCCGCCCCCCACCUCCGGCGCCCCAACAUCGACUAGCGAGAACUAUGUCGCAUUCAUCGCCACCCAAAAAUCAUGAUCCGCCGACGAUACCACCACGUGUUGGGGCCAGUGUGGUACCGAAUGCGGGCCGCGGUGUGCCGCCCGCGUUACCGCCCAGGCAAAUGUCCGCCGUCGAAUUCAACACCUCACCCAAAUCGUCACCACAGCGCCGGGCACCUGCCCCCCAGCGUCAAGCGUCAACGUCAGGCUUCGCUCAGAGCAACCCCUUCGCAGCUCCCCCCCACCACGAGUUCGUCAUUCCCCCUCGCCCCACUCGUCGCCCCUCCACAGACCGCACUUAAGACACUAAUUAUAAAUAAGUAUCUGUUCUUGUACGUACGCGUGACUCCAAGGCAAAUAGACCCCUUCCGAUAACAGAAUAUUAUUUAAAUACAAUAAAAUCAUUUUAAUUUGCAGCGUAAAGUCUUAAUAAAGAUGUUUAAACUUGAAAAUCAUGUAAUAACAUUUUUAUGAUGAAUUUAUUCGACUGCGAAUUUGCGUACCCGUGCUUAAAAAAUGUCAGAAUAAAGAAAUGAUGAUCGUUGCCUAGCAACGCAUUAGGGAAGCGGCAAACAAAGUUGGAAUAUAUUAUUACACUCCAAUUAUAUUUUAUUUGUAUAUAUUUUAAACGAUGAAUAAUCGGAUUCGGUCUAUUUACUAAAUAUAGACAAUAUUAUUAUUAUAUUUGACUUGAACAUCCUUUGUCGUAUGAGACUGACCAUUCAUAAAGCUUAUAGCUUUAAAGCAGGACUGAUUGUGCAUUGUAAUAUGCACUUUAAUACUCAGCAAUAAAGUCAACUUAAGAGUAUCAAUCAGUCCUGUAUAUAUGCCCUGUUUUGUUUUAGAGUCGAAUUAAGACAGGAGCGUGAGUUGCUAAAAAAAAUAUAUAGAGUCUGGCUAAUGAAAGAUAACGAAAACGCGCGGCAAAUUAAAAAAAAUUUAGUAUGGUAUCCCAAAAAGUUUGAUAUAUUUUGUGGAUUAAACAUACU